UCUUCAGUGAAAGCCACAACGAGCUCAUGGUAAAAGCCGGCGAUUGGCUUAAGAGCACCUCAGAGUCUUGCUCUGUGGUGGCUGCGCUAAUCGCCGGCGUAGCCUAUGCCACAACAAGCAACCUGCCGGGCGGCACGAACGACAAUACUGGGAAACCCACCCUAGUAGGGCAGCCGGUAUUCAACAUGUUUUUGGUCGCGUCGUUGCUGGCACUUUGCUUCUCUGUGACGGCGCUGGUGAUGUUUCUUUCCAUACUGACGUCACGGCAACAACCAAAAUACUACAAAUGGGAGCUGCCAUUGAAACUCCUCCUGGGCUUGAGCUCCCUCUUUGUCUCCAUUGCCGCCAUGUUGAUCAGCUUUUGCUCUGCUUAUUUCUUUGUGUUUAAGGAUGGAAUGCACCAUAUGGAGUUCAUCAUCAUUUAUGCCGCUACUUGUUUGCCGGUCACGUUUUAUGCGGCGGCUCAGUUUCCUUUGUAUUGGGAUCUUAUCAAAGCAAUCUUUACAAAUGUUCCACAACCAGAUCAUGGACAAUCAUGAAUCGAUGAUGAUGAUGAUCCAUUAUCUACAUAGUGCAAUAUGGAUAUCUUUUCUAAGUCUUAUACGAUACUAAUCUUGAGUGUUAUUAAGUCUUUUGCUAAUUUUAUUCAAGUGAAAACUUAGAUGUAAUUAACUUAAUGUAAAAAUUAAUAAUUGAAAGUUGAUGUUGGAUAAUAAUUUAGUUAAA